CCGAUUAUGUACUAUGAUAUCCACUAAUACUCUUUCUAUAUAAUGAGUUGCAUCGUUUAGCCAUAUGAAAACGUCUUGCUCGGAAACCCAAGCUCGUUUCGUUCACAGCAUCCAAAAUCACCCCAGUUAAUACCAUCCCAAGCAAGAUGUCCAAACUCUUCCAGCCUCUCGAGGUAGCUGGCUGCCACCUGAAGCACCGCAUGAUUAUGGCGCCCCUUACUCGUUUCCGCGCCGACGAUGAUUAUGUGCCUACGGAGAUGAUGAAAGAGUACUACACUCAACGAGCCUCUGUGCCCGGAACCCUCCUUAUCACCGAAGGCACCCAGAUUUCUCAGCGGACCCUCGGAAUCAGGAAUGUGCCAGGCAUCUGGUCCCCCGCCCAAAUUGCCGCCUGGCGCGAGAUCACUGACGCUGUCCACGCUAAAGGCUCUUAUAUCUGGUGCCAACUAUGGGUCCUAGGUCGUGCAAGCAACCCUGCUCUCCGGAGCGAGCUGGGCCUAGAUAUUCUCGGCCCCAGCCCCAUAGCAAGCUCGCCAGAUCGUCCACUCCCUCGAGAAAUGUCUGAACAGGAAAUCCAAGAAGUCAUCGAGGACCACCGUAUUGCUGCGAGAAACGCCAUCGAGGCCGGGUUUGAUGGCGUUGAGAUUCAAGGCGGCGGUGGAUACUUGCCGGAUCAGUUCCUUCAGGAUGUUACCAAUAAGAGAAUAGACCGUUGGGGCGGGAGCAUUGAAAACCGCGCCAGGUUCCCUCUUGAGCUUGUCAAGGUAAUUGCGCAGGAGAUCGGAUCCAGCAAGGUCGCCAUGCGCUUGAGCCCUUGGAGCGACUUCAUAGGCAUGGGCAUGGCCGACCCUAUCCCAACCUUCACCUACAUCGUCCAGCAGCUCCGCGCCCGAAAGAUCGGAUUCCUUGACUUGAUUGAGGCGCGCAUCCGGGGAAACGACGACGCGGACUGUGGUGGGGACAACGACGUGUCCUUUGCCGUUCAUGCCUGGGGCAAGGAAGCGCCCGUUGUGAUCAGUGGAGGGUUCAAUGGCGAGUCUGCGCAACAGGCUGUCGAUGAGAAGUACAAGGACUACAAGCUGGCUAUUGUCUUCGGUCGCCACUGGACAAGUAAUCCUGACCUGCCCUUCCGCAUAAAGGCGAACGUUCCGCUUGUCAAAUAUGACCGCUCGACUUUCUACACGCCAAAGAGCAGCAAAGGCUAUAACGAUUGGGCGUUCAGUGAUGAGUUCUUAGAAUCGGGCAGCACCAUCUCACCUGCCUGGUAAAAUCAACUAGAUCUAAUAGACUUUCCAUUACAUGACCGACGCGUGGAAGAUAAGGUAAUAGGUUGAGCAGGUACGGCCAGCAACUGAGAACGUCUUGGUGUAUGAAG